AUGUUUACUAGCACGGGUAAGCUUCUUUAUUCUGUUGAACAUAGUCCGUCCAAGAGUAAGAACUCAACAGGGGUUUUCAGAAAUCCAAAAUACAAAGAUAAGUUGAUAGAUAAUUUUGAAGAUGUGCCAUUAAGUAGUGUAUGGGAUGGAUUUAAUAAAUCUGCUGAUAAAUAUAAAAAUAAGCAAUGCUUUGGUACAAGAGUUCGUAAAGAUGAUAAGUUAGGUGAAUAUAAAUGGAAAACAUUUGAAGAAGUACGAGAGUUGAUAAUAUUAGUUGGUUCAGGUUUAAUAAAUAAGAAUGUAUGUCCAGUAAUUGAUUUUGAAGAUGCAACAGUUCCCAAAGGAAGAUUUUUAGGUUUAUACUUACCUAAUUGUGAAGAAUGGAAUAUUUGCGAUUUUAGUUGUAACGCAUUUAAUAUAAUUACAGUGCCAUUAUAUGAUUCAUUAGGUAUUGAAUCUAGCAAAUUUAUAUUAGAUCAAACAAUGAUGCAAACAAUUACAUGUAAUAAAGCAUGUGCUUUGAAAUUAUUAAAAUCUUUGGGUGCGUUUGAAGAAAUGUAUAUAAAAACAUUAAUAUUAGUAGAAAAAGAAAUAGAUCCAGAAAUAAAAAAAUUAAGUAACAAAUUAAAUAUAAAAAUAGUAACAUGGGAUGAUUUAAUAGAAUCUGGAAGAAAAAAAAAAUUAGAACCCAGACCAGGAAAAUUAAAUGAUGUUUGUUCAAUAUGUUAUACAUCUGGUACUACUGGAUAUCCUAAGGGAGUUAUAAUGACUAACCAAAAUUUUGUUGCCCAAAUUGCCUCAUCUUGUUAUGGACCUAUAAGAUUACCUAAUCUUAUUAUAGAUGACAAAGAUACGCAUUUAUCUUAUCUUCCAUUAGCACAUAUUUAUGAAAGAAUUAUGUUGUCUAUAUUUAUAUACUUAGGUGUACGAAUUGGAUAUUACUCAGGAAAUAUAUUAGCUUUGACUGAUGAUAUUCAAGCAUUGAAACCAACUCUAUUUCUUAGUGUACCUAGAUUAUAUAAUAGAAUACAUGAAAGAAUAUGCAAUUCUUUAAAAAAAAAACCAUCAGUUUUGCAAUCAUUGUUUAAUAAGGGAGUUGAUCAAAAAAUAAAAAAAUUAAAUAGCACUGGUAAUCCUUGUAGUUUUUUUUGGGAUACAUUAUUAUUUAAUAAAGCAAAAAAAAUAUUAGGUGGAAAUGUAAGAGGUAUGUUAAAUGGUUCUGCUCCUCUUGGUGUAGACGUAGCAAAGAGAUUAAAAUGUAUAUUUUCCGUCCCAUUAAUGGAAGGAUUUGGUAUGACUGAAGGAUUGGGUUGUUUAUUUAUUACAAAUACUUAUGAUAAGGAUGUAGGACAUAUUGGUGGUCCAUUACCAGCUACUGAAUUUAGAUUAGUAUCUGUACCAGAGAUGAAUUAUUUAGUUACUGAUAAUCCACCAAGGGGUGAAUUACUUUUAAGAGGUCCAACAAUAUGUAGUUUAGGAUAUUUUAAGUUAGAGAAAGAAACAAGUGAAUUGAUAGAUGCAGAUGGAUGGAUGAGAACAGGUGAUAUUGCUUGCUUUAGCUCAAACCAAUCACUAACUAUUAUUGAUAGAAAGAAAAAUAUAUUUAAAUUAUCACAAGGUGAAUAUGUAGCAGUAGAAAAAGUUGAAUCGGUUUAUAAACAAUCAUUAUUUAUUGGUCAAAUAUUUGUUUUUGGGUAUUCUCAUGAAUCCUUUUUAGUUUGUAUUGUUUUUCCAUCUUUUGACACAAUGGAAAUAUGGGCUAAAGAAAAUAAAAUAAAUAAAAAAAAUGAGGAAAUUAUAAAAUUAGAAAAAUUUAAAAAUGAUGUUAUGCAAGAUUUAAUUAAAAUAGGUAAAAAUAAUGGAUUAAAUGGAUAUGAACAAAUUAAAGAUAUUCAUUUUAUUAUGGAUGGAUUUACUAUUGAAAAUGAUUUGAUGACACCAACCGGAAAAAUAAAAAGACAUGCUGUACAGACUAAAUUCAAACCAGAGAUUGACAAAAUGUAUGAACGUGUAAAAAAAGCAUAA